ACAUUGAAAACGUGACACGCGAACUGACAGCUGAAACAACGUGAAGGAGAUUUUUCUAGAAACUAGCAAUCUUUUCAGUCUCUAUGGUUAUCUGUCUGGUAUUCCAGUUAUCCUAUCUAGCUUUACGUGGUCUAAAAUAGAAAGCUUUUCCAGCGGCUAUACAGGUGCAAAUCUAAACUACCCGACCAAACACGCGGUCCCGGUGCUAGCCAGCUAGCUAGUGCUAACGUAUACUGUAGUACAGUAGCUACAAUUUGACAGCCAGUCAACUAGUUAGUGCAAACUAGAUAAAUAGGUUCAAAAGAUGACCUGUUCCCCAGCAUGACACAUGCAGACAGAUCUCAAAAAGACUGGUAUUCAGCACUGGAAGCCAUUCCAUCGGAUGGGUUACAAGAACUAAAACAGAAGUACCAGAGACUGGCUUUGUUGUACCACCCAGACAAGCAGGGUCCAGACGUGUCGGAGGAGGAAGCUGCCGGUCGUCUCCUCAGAUUUCUGGAGGUGGGUCAGGCCUGGAAGGUUCUCAGCAACCAGGACAGCAGGAGAGAGUAUGACCUGCAGCUACGGGCCAGCCAGCUGCAGCAGCACUGGCCUGUGGAUGCCCACGUCUGUCUGGACGACAUGAGCUGGGACCAGGAUAAGGAGGUGUACACACUGGGCUGCCGCUGCGGAGGCGAGUUCUGCAUCGGAAGGGAGGAGGAGGAGGAGGCAGUUGUGUGCUGUGACACCUGUUCACUCAGCAUUGAGGUCAGCAGGGCAGCUCCAUCUACACAGACUCUCUGAACCCUGAAGACACGACCACCUCCGUGACCAGCAGUCUGAAGAGGAUUCUUAUUUAACUUUGGGCAUAGGCCGUGACAACCAACACGCGGACAACAUUAAGAUAUGGACUGUGUAAAUCCAAUUUGAAAGGGUUUAUAUUUGAAGUGUCUCGUCCAGCGCAAAGUACUGGUGUUUGCUCCCCGUAAAAUGUAAAAAAUAAACAACUAAACAAGUCAGA